GGCGGCCAGCAGCGCCGACGGGGCGGCCGAAACACAGCGGCGCCCCCGCCGCGGCGGAGCGCCGGGCGCCUCCCCGCCGCCCCGAGGCCGCCCGCAGGUGAGGGGCGCCCGGCAGCCGCGGGGCGCCGCGCUCCAGGUGGAGGUGCUCCCUGCGGGGGGGGGGAGGGGGCGCGGGGCCGCUUGAUUGACGGUUGCCAUGGGGACGCGGGAGCCCCCGCCCCCCCGGCGCGGCGCAGCCAAUGGGCGGGCGCGGCCGGGCCAGCGAGGCUGCGGUGCCAUAUAGUAUUGCAGCAGGGCGAGGAGUCACGUUGGGGGGAGCAGCGGAGAGGAGCCCGUUUACACUACUUUGCUAUAGCAGCUAUCUUUAAUGGUUAUUGCGUGGCCGGGAGGAAACCUGAUCGGCUAGAGCCGGCCGAGAGCAGGAGGAGGAGUGGACUUCGCGGAGAGAUAGAAAGGGGGGAGAGGAGGAGAAAGGGACACCAAAAAAAAAAAAAAGGAGGAAAAAAAAAAAAGAAAGGAAAACAAACCAUGUCGUCUGCCUCCCCCGCGGACAAGCUCGCGAGCACGGUGGAGAUCAAGCAGGAAAAUGUGAUGGAAAUCCUCUCCGAAGCGAGCAAGGUGCCGCAGGAAGGGGCGGCAGCAGGAGCCCUCGCCGCGGCGCCGCCGCCCCCUCCCGCCGCUGCCCCCUUCCCCAUGGAGCACGCCGGCGCCGCCGAGGAGGGGGCCGCCGACCCCGUCCUGCUCCACACGGAACUCCUGGCCAGGACCCACCACGCCGCCGCCGCCGCUGCCUCCUCUCCCUCCUCCUCCUCCUCCUCCUCCUCCUCGUCGUCGUCGUCGUCCUCGCAGACCCCGCUGGCUUUCUCCCCGGACCACGUCGCCUGCGUGUGCGAGGCGCUGCAGCAGGGUGGGAACCUGGACCGCCUGGCCCGGUUCCUGUGGUCUUUGCCCCCGAGCGACCUGCUACGUGGCAACGAGAGCCUGAUGAAAGCCCGGGCGCUGGUGGCUUUCCACCAGGGCAUCUACGCGGAGCUCUACAGCAUCCUGGAGAGCCACAACUUCGACUCCGCCAACCACCCGCUGCUGCAGGAGCUCUGGUACAAGGCGCGCUACACCGAGGCGGAGCGAGCCCGCGGCAGACCCCUGGGGGCGGUGGACAAGUACCGGCUGCGGAGGAAGUACCCGCUGCCCCGCACCAUCUGGGACGGCGAGGAGACGGUCUACUGCUUCAAGGAGAAGUCGCGCAACGCGCUCAAGGAGCUCUACAAGCAGAACCGGUACCCGUCCCCCGCCGAGAAGCGCAACCUGGCCAAGAUCACCGGGCUCUCCCUCACCCAGGUCAGCAACUGGUUCAAGAACAGGCGGCAGCGCGACCGCAACCCCUCCGAGACCCAGUCCAAAAGCGAGUCGGACGGCAACCCCAGCACGGAGGAUGAGUCCAGUAAGGGGCAGGAGGACCUGUCUCCGCACCCGCUCUCCAACUCAUCCGAUGGAGUUACCAGCCUCAGCCUCCCCGGCCACAUGGAGCCGGUGUACAUGCAGCAGCUUGGAAACACUAAAAUAGCCUUGAGCUCAUCGGGCGUCUUGUUGAACGGAAACCUAGUGCCUGCCAGUACUUCUCCUGUCUUUCUCAACGGUAGCUCUUUCCUCCAGGGACCCAACGGUGUCAUUCUCAAUGGACUCAGCGUGGGGGCUUCGCAGACAGUAACUUUAAACUCGCCCAAAACCACUUCCAGCGUUGUGAGCAAUGGGGUGUCAAUCACUGACAUAUUGUCGUCGUCUUCAGAAGAUGUCAAGGACUUCAAAAUCCUGCAGGCUUCGGUCCCUAACACGGCAGCAGCUACCUUCAGCCCCGGUAACAUCCCGGUCUCGUUCCCAGGAUUGAUACCAAGUGCGGAGGUGAAAAGGGAAAGCACGCAAACUGUUGCUUCCCAAGAUGGAGGCUCUGUAGUUACUUUUACUGCUCCUGUCCAAAUAAACCAGUAUGGCAUUGUCCAGAUCCCUAAUUCAGGAACAAAUGGCCAGCUGCUGAACGGAAGCAUCGGUUUUUCUUCUCUGCAGCUGCCUCCUGUUUCUGUGGCAGCUUCACAAGGUAACGUUUCAGUCAAUCCUAGUACAACUGAUGGAGGAACUUUUACGAGUGACUCUUCGACAGUGCAACAAGGAAAAGUUUUCUUCAGCCCUCUCACGCCAAGUGCAGUGGUUUAUACAGUUCCCAAUUCAGGUCAGGCAGUAGGAUCUGUUAAGCAAGAAGGACUGGAAAGAAGCCUCGUUUUUUCCCAGUUAAUGCCAGUCGGUCAGAACACGCAACUAAAUGUAAACAUGUCUUCUGAAAAUAUAUCCGGCGGAGGACUCCAGUCCCUGGCCUCCUCCUUAGUGAAUGUAACUCCCUCACAUAAUUUUUCCCUCACACCACCAACUCUCUUAAAUGCUGCAGAACUGAGCUCUGGUAUCUCGGAGAGCCAGCCCAUGUCGUCACCUGUAACCAGUACCUCUACCGUGAUAUCUAUCAGCAACACUAACUAUGCAACUCUUCAGAACUGUUCCCUCAUUACCAGUCAAGAUCUGUUGUCCAUUUCUACAGCACAGCCCGCGCUUGGAGAAAUAGUUUCUACAACCGGAGACCGUGUCAGCCAUCCGUCUGCACAAGUGCAUCCAGAUUUUGUCAGAGAGCACAGGUUGGUUCUGCAAGCCGUACCUGACGUCAAAGAGAAUUUCUUACCUAAUUCUGAGAGUAAGUCAACCGGCAACUUAAUGAUGCUGGAUACGAAAUCAAAAUAUGUUAUGAGUAACAUGGUUGACACAGUCUGUGAAGAACUGGAAACGGAUAAAAAAGAACUUGCCAAACUGCAGACAGUUCAGAUGGAUGAAGAUAUGCAAGACUUGUAAUUUUUUUUUUCUUGCUUUCUGUUUUAAUAGAGAAGUCUCCUGUUGAGGCCCUAACAAGCACCAAGUUUUUUCUUUUUUUUUUUGUCAUUUGAAGAAAACAGAAGGACAGUUAAAUGGUCUGAAUUAAUGUACAGAGGAAUCUCCAGUGAUGGAAUUAGGUUGCCACACUUGGUUUGCAUGCAGUAUUCUCUUUUAAGCAGAUUAAAGGAGAAGGAAGCAUCAGGGGAAGUACCAAGCAAAUGGGUACUGGUUUGGCUAACUGAUAUUCCCUUGAUAAUUUAACUAGACUCUCCAUAGCACAACACGCUCUCAACAGUAAGUAUACACUCCUAAUGUUAGAUAGGAAACAAAAGUCUCGCUCCGGAAAGGUAGAAACGAUGCAGUCAUUUUUGCUGUUUACUUCUAGUCCAUGGGCAUUGAAAAGUUUUUAAGGAACUCUAGACGAUACCUCACAGGCUACUUUUAUGUUGUUUGAGGUUAAGAAACAAAACAAAAUCACAAAUGAUACUGUUACUGGUGUGUUUGGUUUUUUGCAGCAGACUUGUAUUCAUACCAAAAAUAUUGCAUCAAACAUUUGCAGGUUUCUAAAUGCUACAGCUAGCAUUUUGUUAGUGCAGCAGAAAAAGCAUCAUUUGAAACUCUAAUUAUGCAACUCAGAAGCUUUCUCUCCAGUAUGAAUGUAAAUAUUGUUUCAGUUCUUAUAAAGGAGACUUUUUUAAAUUAGUACAAUGGAUUUUAUUUAUGGUUUAUGUUCCCUUUCACUUUAGACACAAUGCAUUGAAAAGGAAAACUUUUUCUGGCUGUUUAAUUUAUUUUUAUUGUUUGAGCAGGAAGUAAACAUAGUUAUUUCUGACAAGGUUUUACUUUUUUGUAGUUUUUCAAGCAAUAGACUGUAAAAGUAAAAUGUUAAUCACACUGAAACUAGAAAAUGAACUCCCAAUGUCACAAACCCAGGAGGUCCCUGUCUCUACCCUCUGUCUUUGUGUUCAGGGGUUUUUUGUUUGUUUUGUUAGUAAUUUGCAAAUUAGUUGAACCUUUUGUGUAUUUUUUACAGAAUUCCAUGUGCCUUUCUUCCUAGUGGCCUUAUCUUUGUUACUAAAGCACAGUGGCAGGAGAAAUAAAAACACUGAUUUGCAAAUAUCCGUCCUCAGGGCCAAAUCGCGAUGCCCUGCUUUUGCAAGUAGACCCGCUGACCUCGGUGUCCCUACUUGAAUGAGUACGAAGAGUAGGUCUUUUGGUCGUUAUGGGUGACGUUUGCUAGUGGCGCAGAGGGCCAAAGAGAGACCCUCCCGCACCACGUAAACCCUGCAGAAGGAGCCCGCAGAGGGACCAUGGGCAGAGCGGUGGUGCCGAGGGGAAGAUCUUGGCUCCAGCCUCAGGCAGAGGAGCGUGAAAGGCUGGACGGGCUGGCCGGGGAAGGGAGUCCCGUGUUUACGCGGACCCAUUGGCCCAGCAGCCCAUGGGGGAGGGCUUCAGCCGCUGUUCCAGCGAGCCGGCCCCGAUCCAGGAGUGCACUUAAGCGGGUAUUUAUAUAGCCUUCCCGAAUAAGCAAUGCGGGGGCUGACGGUGGGAAUGCAGCUGCCCGAAAGGUUUGAGGGAGCAGCCGUUUCUCCGCCGUGCUGGGGAGGGUUCCCCCCCUUCGUCCCCUUGCGCUCCGGCAGGGACAGCACGAGCAGGCAGGCUCUGGGCAGGUGGAACAGAUCUUACCUUUCCUCCAGAGAAAUUUUUGUAGCAUGGGAAAAGCACAUCCUUAAGCUUUAAAAUAAUAAUAAUAAUAAUGCAGAUGUAUAAAAAUGAGAUGCCGUUAAUCUUUGUGUUUUUGUUUUGUUUUUUACUCUAAUGUGAAUAUAUACAGUCACUAAAGCAUGUAUUCAUCCUCACGCAGGGCCAGGUCCGAAGCCUUUGGAAGACAAUGGGAGAGGUUUUCAAAAACUUCCAUGGGCUCCGAAUCAGGCCCGGGACAAAAAAAAGAUCACUUGUAAAGGACAAAAAAAGUGGAGAGGAAAGAGAGUAGAGGUAGCACGUCCCAGUCUGUUCCUGUCUUGGUUAUUAACUGGUUCUGUGAAAAGCCUUUGAGGAGUGAAGGUUUUUUCUAUGCACCGUGAGUGUGGCAUGGACAUCCUCGCUGUUGUUUUGCACUAUAUCGAAUACAGCUUGUUUUGCAAGGUAUUACGUGCAACCACAAAGCUGAGCUCUGUUCGUUCGUGCUGGAAGCCAGAGACUUUGGGGCUGCAGGAAAAAGUGCAGGGAAAGGGAAGGGCAGGGGUGUGAGGUUUGCACUUAGCAGCUGAAAGCAGUCACUGAUGCUUUCCAAACAGAAGCAGCCCCUGAGCAACUGGCUGUCCCUGCGUGCACCCAAGCAAAAAGGGUGUUUAAGGCAAGUGCUUUAAAAUGGAGAUUAUCACAAGCAGAACGUGGAGCUAUAUAUUGCCCUUGCACAGCUUCCCCAGCACUCAGGGUGACCUAGGCAGGAGCGGCGUAGUCUGGAGCUCUCAUCUCUGCUCUGGUGGUUUGUCCAAGUACUUUGCUGGGCUCCAGCGUGGGCAAUUUGCUUAGCACCUCUACUUCACCCAUAAAACUGAGACGAUGAUAGCAGUAACUGUAUCUGCUUUGCAUGAAUUUGUUCAAAUAUUUGGAAAGUUAGAAGCACCCUGUAUCAUUGUCAUAUUAGCGGAGAAUGUAUGCAUGGAGCGGGAGCUGUGCAUGGCUCUGGAGGAGCUGUUUGAGGCUUAACGUUUGGUCUGUAAAGCUCAGACUAUAUUUAGAGGGAAGCUAGAGGUAUUUCAGAGCACUCUCGGUUGUUGAAGCAGUCAGAUCUCAUAACUGAAUGACUGUGGUGUUAUGUCAGUACAUGUUACUCUUUUUUUUUUUUUUCCUCUCCUUUGUGUUUGUUUUGUUACUGAGGCUCUGAAUUUCAUGGCUUUGCAGCACAGUUGAUGUGAAAACUGCGUCUGCUGUUACGGUGGUGCGUAUCUUGGAGUGUCUGGUACUUCUAAUAGGAGACUUCCCAUUCUUGAGUGGGAGUGGAGGAUGUACAUAAAAGCAGUGGUUUGGGACAAAGUAAGAUUAAUCUAUUCUAGUCUUCCAGAUAUCAAGUAACUUAUUUUAUUAUUAUGUUUUACUCUUUCUUUCUGCCAUUGAAAAUAAGUGUCAUUCCCUCCAGAUAACGUAGUUAUAACCUCAUGUUUUCUGCAGGUACAUAUGCACAAUAUAAAGAGUCAUUGCACGGUACAGUGUUUUUAAAAUAGAUAUUUAAAUAGUAGUUUUACUCCUACUGUAAAAUAAGGGUCAGUUUUUAUUAUGUGGCCCUGAAGCAAGCAGGCUAACUGCUCUAAUUACACAGUACACACAGCCCCGAAAAGCAUCUGGGGCCAGAUCUUCAGCUGCUGUAAAUAAGGCAUUGCUCCACUGAUUCCCAACUGAGGAUUUUAGAUGAUGUUUAGGGGACAGGGAUGCUCAUCUCCCACACAUACGAGUGGCAGUGAGCGUCUGAGUCCCACAGACAGUCUUUAUUAUCAUGUUCUAUUGUUUAAAUGGAAGAUAUGUCUAUCCAACAUUAAAAAAAACUCCUUCUUUUUCCUUCCCUUCUAUUAUGGAUGAGAAUAAAUGAUCAUUUCAACUUCACAUAUGUUUGUAACUUGUAAGUCCACUGGAAAUCUUACAGGAAAUAUUGCCAAAUUCUACUACUUUUUUGGUCCCAGACUCAGUGUUGAAAAAUAUGCUUGAAGUUCAAGCAAAUUCCUUCCAAGCAUGAGCAUUAAAAAAAAAAAAAACAAACCUUUGUUCUUUAAUACUUUUAAUUAAAGCUGCCUUUAUUUCAUCCAGAGUUCUGCUGAGAACCAGAACUGUACUCCAUUAAAUGCUCUGUCUGGACUAUUUGUAACAUUAUUGCUGUGGUCUUACCUAAAAGGACAUUUCAGCUGUAUAAAUCAUGGAUGUCAAUUGGCCUGGUCCUCAGCUGGGAUAAACUACCACAUUUUCGUUGGCUUUAAUGUCAUUUCACACCAGCUGAGAAUAUGGUCCAUUCAUUUCACUGGAAUUGAAUCAGGGAUGGAUUUGGUCCAGUAUGCUAGGGCAGUAGGAACCAAUUCACAAGGCUGAUACGCAGACAGUUAUAACUGAAUAAUAAUCUAUCAAAGCAUAUACCUCUUUCCCUUUAUUGCUUUACCCUGCCUGGGGAUUCAGGAAGACGCAUUGAGAAAGCUGUUUUCCCCAGAAGUAAGGCUGCAACCACCUUUAGUGUUGUUGUUAUCGGUCCAGGAUUAAUGACAAUAAUGGGUAGAUUCUGACUUCAAAUCCUGUAAAACCACCUCAAAGACAGAUUUCGGCUAAAUUGCAGAGGGCAGAAUUUGGCCCGGCGUGCAUGGGAAUGUUUCCUGUAUGCAGAUUUCCAGUGCCUGUGCACUUUUCCUAACCAGGACAGACGAGCAACCGGCAGGGUUCAUCCCCCUAGUUUCAUUGCGAAAUGAGUGUGCCGAACUCCCAGGGCAUGAAUCAUGUAGUGUUCGUGGUCAAGAAGCAUCUCAAAUUGUAAAAACAAUAAUAAUUUUUUAACUGUGGAAACAAAGUAAUGACAUUGUACAAGCAAGAAGACCUGAAGUCUUCCUGUAUCUCCUAGCAGUUACUAUCUUGAAGGACAUUUUAUACCUUACCUGUACGUUUCAUAUAAGUUAAAAGUAGCUUCUCACAUUUCUUAACUCAAGGAGGGGGUGAAUCUCCUGACUUCCAGGAUUCACAUUCAGAGGAUGUUUGUUCUUUUGCUGCAUGUACUGUUUGUCCAGAACUAACCAGUUAUUUCUGUGAUAAGGGUUUAUUGUGCCUUACAACAAAUAUGAAAUCUAAACGGAAUGUAUGCAUUAGAGGAGGGAAUAAUCAGAAGUCUUUACUGCACUGUUAGAUGAUGCCUACCCAGAGUGUAUCAUCAAACAUAUCUGUGCUUAAUUACCCAACCAAAGAGAUCUAAAGUAUGUAUGUUUGUUGUACUGUAAUAGGGGUUUGUGCCUGGACAAUUAAGUGUUUUAUUUGUAUUCUGAGAUGAUGUGAACUUAUUUUUCUAAACACUAUACUGAAUAAACUUUAUAUUUAUACA